AUGCUUGGUUUCUUCUUAUAUCAAGCUAUCUCCGAACUGGUGGUUAUCAAAAAGACAGGAGACAACGAUAAUUCAAACUUUGAUCUCAAGGUUAAAGAUGAAGCAGGAACAGUGUUCGAAUCUACAGAGAAAAACAAAGGCUGGUUUCUUGUUUACAAGGUGAAUGAUGGAGAAUUACAGCUCUUAAGAGGUAAGGACAAUGGCAAAGCAAACCAUGAAGGAAUUUCCAUCGAAACAGAAUAUGAUACCGUUUAUACAUCCAAUUAUUUGACAUUGAAGUUUAAAGUAAAGAAUGACGGAGAUACUGAUAAAACGUUUUCAUUAGGUGCAUUUGCAGAUCUUAAACUUAAUUAUGUUGAUGCAUUUACUGUUAAACCUUUUCAAUUCAGACAAGGACAUAGGAUUGUUCAGUCAAAGAAUAAUUUAGUAUUCAACUUUAUUACAAAUAAUAACAAGCCUUCAUCAGAAGUGGAUGCAUUUUGGUAUGGUCCAAAUUCUUAUUCCUAUACAAAUUGGAAGACUUAUCCAUAUUGGAAUAACUUAGAAAACCCAGAAGAAAAACAAGCUAAUGUUGUUUCAUUUUCAUGGCAGAACAGAUUGAUUAAACCAGGUGAGACUUUAGAGUUACAAGUUAGAUUGGGUUAUGGUAUAGAUUUAAAGAGCCCACCUAAGAUCUUUUUGAAUGAACCUUUAGCUGAUAGAUAUAAUCCAAACUCCAAUCAUGAAGUGACAUGGACAGUUUAUGCAGAAGAUGGCUUUAAUAGUAUGAACUUCCAUUAUCUUGAUUACUAUAAAGGAAAAAUUAGAUCUCAGAAAGGAAUUAACAUGGAAAAAUCAAUCAAAUCUGGUAAAUUUACUUUAGAGUUCAAAGAAGCAGGACCGUAUCAAUUCAAAUUUGUUGUUGAGAAUGCUUUUGGAUAUAAAUCAAAUUCAAUCCAGAAGGACAUUAUUCUUAAUAAGCUUCCGACAAUCAAAAAUUCUAAUCAAUUAAAAGAAAAAUACAAUCCAAGUGAUGAAAUCGAACUAGUUUUAGAACUUUUUGAUGAAAAGAGUGUUACUAUUCAUUACAAGAUUGAUGAAAACGGACAAGAUCAUGAAAUUCCAGAGAAGAAGGAGUGUAACAAUCAAGCUGCAUCUUUCACAAUAAAAAUACCAUUUACAUCUCUUGAAGAAGGAACACACAAGCUAAUAAUGCAUAUUAUUGACGACGAUGGAUUUAGAUCUGAGAAUGAUCUAGAAUUAGAUUUUCUAGUUGAAGCUCCCAAAGAACAACCAAAAGAAGAUGAGAAAGAACAACCUAAGGAAGAUGAGAAAGAACAACCUAAGGAAGAUGAAAAAGAACAACCUAAAGAAGAUGGAAAAGAACAACCUAAAGAAGAUGAAAAAAAAGAAAAUGAUAAAGAUAUAUCUGAAGAAUCAGACGACAACAAAGAAAAUGAUAAAAUAGCGAAACGUCCAUCACGAAGCAAGAACUCUUGGUUGAUUCCUGUAAUUGUUAUAUCCAUUCUUGUAGUUGUUGCAAUUAUUGUUGUGAUAAUAUUUUUCAAGAUGAAAGGAAGGAAUGAAAGUAAUGAAAAUAAUGAUUCAUUUGAUAAUGCUGAAGAAACAGUUGUAAUGUCAAACGAGCCUCCAGAGAUAGCAACAGAAGAUCACAAGUUGUUUAGUACAAGUGCGGUACAUGAUAGUGAUAAUAUUUUUGGAGGUGGAAAUGAUGACGAAGAUCCUGCACUAGACGUUUAA